CUCCGAUAUCCCUCCCUUCCGGCUCCUCCAAACAUGUCUCAGCCCGCAGCAACAGCCAGAGGCGACCCAGGGAGAGCUUCCCUGCGAACAAGUAUGCGCAAGGGAAAAGGAAAGAUGUCCGAAACCGUCCUAGCCGGCGUCGAAGUUCCUUCUCUUCGACGGACGAGGAGCGCAAAGAGCAAAACUCAGGCCAAGGGACCCGAGGAUGAACAGCAGGACGAAACUCUGGUGUCUUCCCCGGCGAAGAGGACCAGGGGUGCAAAAACAAAUCCAGUCCCGGAGCGAAACGAGGUAACGCCUCGGAAAAGGGCCAAGGGUGCAAGGGGCAAGGCCAUGGGGAAGGCACCCAAACCUGACUCUGACUCGGACGACGAAGCCGCUCCGAGAAAGAAGAAGGUUGGAGCUGGCAGUCAGGCUAGCUCAGACAACAAGACCAAUGUCGCCAGGCGCAAGGCUGCUGAGAAGAACGAUGAGUCUAUUACUCAGGCUUCCAAACGCUCAAGACGCUCUCCUCCACUUUCUUCCAUGUCUCCAUUACCCCCUUCACCCGAACUUAACGCCGAAACCCAUAAAAAAGCCAAAACAAAUCCUGCGUCCAGUGAAUAUCCCCUCUCCGGUAGCCAGUCAAAUCCUUCUGGUCCUUCUCGACAAAAAGACACGUUUCAUGUUGAAAUGAACGACCUGCACCCCACUCUUGAACCACAGUUGAAUGGCAGGACCAAAACCAAGGAAAAGAACAGAGAGAGGAAGAAGCGUGAACCAUCUUUAGCAUUGGAACUAUCAGAUGUUGAGCUGGAUGAACAAACGUUGGAAGCGUUUAUCGACUUUGUCGAUCAUCUUCCCGAGAAAAAGGAGUCGGAGGAGGAUGCAGAAGGGUCAGACGCUGAAGAAGAAUUUGUGCCCACGCCUUUGCCUCAAAACCUGAAAAUCAAUGACUUUAUCUUCACCAAGUACCCCAGCGGGUACUAUCUCUCACAACUCAUUGCAUAUCAUCCGGCGCAGAGUUGGAGGGAUCAAGAAGAGGGGAAGGAUUACUGCACUGUCAAGGAUGCGAAUGGCGUCGUGCAUGAGAAGAUCAAGCUGUCUGAUCUGAUCACUAAAGAUGAUGAACGUAUUGCGACGUGCAAACUUGGCAAAUUCGAGUCUGUGGACUACCGUGGCCCAGAGUUCAAGAAUGAUGCCCAUAUUCGCCCACCCACCCCUGAACCAGAACCCCGAGUGGCUAGUACUUCUUCCCUGCCCACACCGUCUCCUACCCAACUUAGUCAGCCCCCACCUAUGAAUCCAUCUGUCUUCAUCGACCUCGAUCGCGUCGAACAGCUGCGAUUGAUUCGUCCUCACCUUCAACUCAUUUUGAAUGAAGCAUACCCUCCCGCUCAGUGGCGAAUCGACAAAUUCUUUGGCAGUGCUCAUGAUCGUUCCGCAUUGUCCCAUGUGGUGAGAUAUGGUGAUAUUUCGGAUACAGAAGUGGACGAAGUGCUAGUCCCGGAGCUACUACGAUGGAGUCUAAGAGGGGACAGAUGGACACGAAAUGAAGUAAACGCCGGGAACCGACCACCCGAGCCUCCAAGACCGAAAGGCAGUGAACGAUAUAACUCACUCCCUCUCUCUGAAACACGCAACUUUGUUUGUGAUGUUCUUCUUCCUGAAGCCGUCAUUGAACUUUGCAUCAGAUCUAUCGAAAAGGAAUCCUUGCUGGAUGCUUUGAAGAAGCAGAACAAACCUGUUGAUAUCGAUGAGGAGGAUAUCGAAGAGGACAUGCGUGCAUUGUCAGACAUAUCCUCUCUGUCAUCUGAUACCGAUUCAGAAGAUGAGAAUGUUCCCACUGGCGAAGAACCAGCAAAGCAGCGGCCGGGCUCGCAGGAGACGGCAGUAUCAGCCGUUGCGUCAAGAUCUGCUGCUCAAUCUCAAGUACAGGCAUCUGUGAUUGGUACCAACCCCCAAUCCACUCUGCCGGCCUCAUCUUCAUUCUGCUCAGACUUGUUAUUAGGCACCCAACAGCCAUCUCUCGAUACCGAUGCGCUUCUUGUUACUCAACUACAGGGCGACCCGUCUUCCUCUGCACAAUCUGUCCCAGAAGCUGUAUCCGAAGAACAGCAACUUUAUCGAGGCGCAUUACAAUAUCUUUCCGAUCUAUCGAAUUCGUCCGCAACCAAUAUUUGGGAAACAGAAGAAGCCCGUUUCAAAUACUAUCGAAGGGAGAUGCGGAAAAAGCUUAAUCUACCGGAAGAAGGGUUGAGUAAGGAGGAAAGAAAAAAGUGGGAAGAGGAGCAAGCAUUCAAUCAACUGAAGGAUUUAAUGAUGGGGAAAAAAUUCCAAAGAAAAAGGAUGACCAAAACGCGUAGUUUUGCGGAUAUGGAUUCUGAUUAGUGGGGUGAGAUUGUAGCGGCAUUCACACAAAUGUAGAUCUAUCUCAUGGAGAUCAUGCACAUUGGAGUCUCAGCAUAUCUUUGUAGAAUUGGGCUAUUACGGGUUCCAGGACAAUGUAUUGUUGAUCGAAGAACUGUGGCAUCUGUUUAUUAUAAUGUAUUGGU